CAAAGCCACAAAGGAUCUGGAAUGUCGCUUUACCAGCUGAAGGCCCCGAGUCGUAUUUCAACAAUCUUCAGGAGAUGGUAGAACUUGACACAACGUCCCUGACUAUUUGACCAGACCACAAGCCCAUCCUGAAGAUGUAUUCUACAAACCCUGGCAGCUGGGUCACCUUUGACGAUGACCCUGCUUUUCAAUCUUCUCAGAAAAGAAAGGAUUUUUCUCUGGAGACUCAAGGUGUUUGCAGACCAAAUGGACUGAAGCUGACCCUUCCUACCCUCCGGGACCCUCCCAGCACCCCCUCCUCUGCCAGCAGCACCCCCCUGUCCUCUCCCAUGGUGGACUUUUAUUUCAGUCCAGGACCCCCAAGCAACUCCCCUCUCUCUACACCCACCAAAGACUUCCCAGGGUUCCCCGGCAUCCCGAAAGCAGGGACACAUGCGCUUUAUCCUAUUCCAGAGUGUUCUUCCAGCAGUGCUCCCACAGCAGCGGGAGGAGCGGGUCCCCCACUAUUACUUACUAAGCCAAGCUGCUCACCCCCUGUAUCGUUACCCAGUGGCCACUCCCACACUCAGCCGACCCCCACACUCGGUCUUACAGAAGACUCCGGCCGUCAGCGGGUCCAAAGCGAGGCUGAGGCUCGGCAGUUCGAAUAUUUUCAGGACGAUUGUGCUUUCUCCAACCCAUUUUGGAAAGAUGAAGGCAGCGCUUCUCAGCUCCCCCUUGACUCCCUGGCAAGCAGAAAACCGUUCUCACCGAAGGACAAGGAGGUACCAAGUGAUCACAAAAGCCUAACCCAGUGCUCACUGAACUACAUCUGUGAGAAGCUGGAACACUUGCACUCAGCGGAGACCCAAGACUCUCUUGGAAAUUUGUCUAUGCAGAACCCCUAUGCCGGAGACACGGUCUCUUUUGUCCCACACACCCUCUUCCGGAGUCAGCCCAGAGCUGGAUGGUCCUUCAUGCUGAGGAUUCCCGAGAAGAAGAACAUGAUGUCUUCCCGGCAAUGGGGACCCAUUUUCCUAAAGGUUCUUCCAGGAGGGAUUCUGCAAAUGUAUUAUGAGAAGGGGCUAGAAAAACCAUUCAAAGAGUUCCAGCUCGAUCCACAUUGCAGGCUUUCGGAGCCCAAACUUGAGAACUUCAGCAUGGCAGGAAAAAUCCACACCGUGAAGGUGGAACACGUGUCUUACUCAGAGAAAAGGAAAUACCACUCCAAGACGGAGGUGGUUCACGAGCCGGAAGUGGAGCAGAUGCUGAAGCUGGGGUCCACGGAACACUGUGACUUCCUUGAGUUUCUGACGACCGUAGAAGAGGAGCUAAUAAAGCUGCCGGCUACUGCAAAACCCAAGAACAAAAACUAUGAGGAACAAGAAAUCUGCCUGGACAUUCUGGAUAAUUUCUGGGGUAAAGCAACCAAAGAGGGGCAGCUGGUGGAAAGCGCUGUGGUAACUCAGAUCUGCUGCCUCUGCUUUCUCAACGGGCCCGCGGAAUGUUUCUUAGCCUUAAAUGACCUUGAGCUCCAGAAACGGGAUGAAUGCUAUUUUGAGAAAGAACCCGAAAAAAAGGGGAUUGAUAUUCUUAACUACCAUUUCCAUACGUGUGUGAAAGCUGAAGAAUUUAAACAGUCCAGAAUCAUUAAGUUCGUACCUCUGGAUGCUUGCCGGUUUGAGCUGAUGCGUUUCAAAACCUCUUAUGAAGGGGGUGAGCUUCCCUUUGCAGUGAAGUCUGUAGUAACCGUCCAGGGGGCCUAUGUGGAGCUGCAGGCCUUUGUCAACAUGACCCCAGCAGGUUCCUUGAGGAGCUGUAACAAUAUCAUGAUUCAUUUUCCUGUCCCAGCCCAGUGGAUCAAGGCCCUCUGGACCAGGAACCUUCAGAGGCAGAAGUCCCUGAAAGCCAAAAUGAACCGUCGGGCUUGUCUGGGGAGUUUACAGGAGCCUGAAUCUGAACCUGUCAUUCAGGUCACUGUGGGGUCAGCAAAAUAUGAGAGCGCCUACCGGGCUGUGGUGUGGAAGAUAGAUCGGCUUCCGGAUAAAAACUCAAGUCCUGAUCAGCCCCAUUGUCUGUCAUACAAACUGGAGCUUGGGUCAGACCAGGAGGUUCCCUCAGAUUGGUAUCCAUUUGCUACCAUCCAGUUUUCCAUGUCUGAAGCCUGUGCCUCAAGGACAGAGGUGAGGUCGCUGGGAGUGGAGAGUGAUGCCCAACCUCAGAAGCACGUGUGUCAGCGAGCUUGCUACAACAUCCAGGUUGAAAUAGAAAAGAAGUGGAUUCAAGUAGAUGGAGACGACCCAGAUAAAACCGGUGGCUGUGUGACUCAGUAAACACAGCCCCUUGGGUCAAACACAGAACCUACCCACAGGGCAGGAAGUUCUGCUACUGUAUGGUGGGACUGAGUAGCAGCCUUAGGCCAGAGAUCCAGUGGCGAGUCCCAAAGCAGGCCAUGUGCAUACUACCCUUCGAUGCUCUGGAGGCGCUGCUGUCUGAUGCUGUCUGAUGCUGUCUGAUGCUCUGGAGGCGCUGCUGUCUGCUGGCCAGAUUGACUGAAGGCUAUUUGGGUUUGGAUUACUCAGUGACUUUGUUUUGUAACCUGAGUUAUGUGAUUCCACAUCUCUUCUUGCUUUCUGUGUGGAAUGGUUCGAAUGGACGAGAAGAGUUAGGAGGUACGACUUUGUUGGAGGAAGUGUGUCACUGGGGGUGGGCUUUGAGGUUGUAAAAGCCCAAGCCUGGCCUAUUCUCCCUC